AUGAUUGGGCGGCCGGCCUACUACGGGCACCCGCCUCAUGUCCCAAGAGCGAGGCGAGUUUUGGAACCCUACAGCGAGAGGGACGCCUCGCGAGCCGGGCUUCCAGAGAUGAGGCCUUUUGGCGAAGCCAAGUUUCUUUCGGGCCACCAAACCCUGCAACUGAUGAGAAAGAAGGCCCUAUGGGGUAAAGGGAAGCGUGUACGUUGUCACACUCCCUGCCUUCCAAAGGUGCCUAGAGGACGGGCCAGACGCAGCAGAGCGACAACCCGGGAGCAGAUUCCCCCCCGGCAGGGGGACAGGAGACGGCCAUCUCAAGGCGCAUCACGACCUACAGGUAAGACCGGCGAGACCAGGGAAGGCAACCCGAUUGGGAGUCAGAGGAUCCAUAGUACCUGCAGCCCCACGGACUUAAUAUUCCUCAUUUUAGAAAGCGGAGGGAAGGGAUCUCUUUUCUGCAACGGAAAAAAACGGAGCAGAUUUGACUCGGCACAACCUAACGAUACAUCCAAUACCAAUGAUCUGUGCCUAGAAUGCGUUGCUAGAUCUCUGCAACAAGAAAGUUUACCGGGGGCGGGUCUUCCCUUUCAUUACUUAUUUCACGACGAGGGAACCGCGCCCGCAUCAGUCGAAGUGGUGCCCUCCUCUAAGAAAGAAGGUUUCAGUCUCAUUCAACCAACUCUCUUUUUGAAGCAGAUAGUUCACGAGAUAAUUGAUCAACCCGGAAGGAGAAAAGACCCUAAUUUUUCUCUUAUCCAUCGUCUUCUUGGUAGCAAGUGCUGGCCCAGCUGUCGUGUCUAUUGGUUCUCUUUAGCGGCUCUUGAGCCGCUUACGCAGGCGCCAGCACCGGCUGAAGUUGCCCAUCCCGUUCCUAACCAAUCUCCUCUUGGGUGGGAACGGGGGAAAUCGCUAGAUCCCUCAUGGGAUCAAAAACAACCUAUCACCGAAGUCCCACCUAUUCCAAAAAAAAUAGUGCCUGAACCGACGGGAAGCUCUUCUUCGCAGGGUCAGGGCUGCCGCGCCUUGCCGCAGCAGUGGGGCCUACGGUCGGACAGGUGGGACGUGUCUGUUGUGAGGCUUGCGGGGAAGCUUGCCUGGAUAUCGCCCGUGCCUGUUGUCAGGAAUGCGCGCGUGUCUCCCUAA